AUGUCUACGGAACAAUCUAUCCCCUUGGGCGAAUCUUGGGUGAUCGCAUCCUCUAUCAAGGAGAGAGAAACGAACCAGAAACCCCUAGUCACACCGAGUCAAAGCCCUCGAAAGAAUACCAAAGCGAAGGUCGACCAGUCAUCCGAGUCGCUGACAUCUUCAUCAUCAUGGAUAUCCGGCCCGGAGCUUAUCAUGCCCUCCAUAUGCGAGACGCCAAACCCAGAAAAGUCAUGGAUAGAAUACAGACGAUCUCCGAACCAGCCUGGCACGCCAAACACGAAAAAACGGCGCAAAGUUUCAGAGCCGAGUCAGCGCCAAAGUGAAGACCGAGAUAGCGCCAAAGCUGGAGAAGACGCUGGCUCGUCUACUCCAGCAACCACCGACGACACUCUUGCAAAGAACAAGGUCCUCAGGCUUAUAGACAGCACCCUCCUCCGAGGUGCUAUCAACGCAGUCUUGAUCGCCUUGAUCCUCCACCUGCUAGUACUCCCAGAGCUAGUCUACCAAGCCAACGACCUCUGCCAGCUACCGAGCAUCAAAGUCCUCUAUCCUAGCAGCUGUAUCACCUUAACACCGACAUACCCACCGCGAACUCCCUUCCAAUCACCACCAAUAUCCCCCGAAGAAAGCCUCACAACCUCACAGCGACAACUAGAGUCGAUCUUCGACACGACCCUAGAAACCCUAACACCGCUAUCAGGAAUCCUGAAACAAAGCGAAAGCAUGCUCUCGGACCUAGAAGCGCAGCUCAAAGCAACAUUCCCAGACGCUAAAAACGCCCUAGAUCUCGAAUUCCAAGGCAGCAACCAAGCCGUACAAGCAGCAGUCUGGGAAUUCGAUUCCCUGCGCGCAGAUCUGCGCUCAGCAAUAGACAGCCUGCUAGCAACACGACCAGCCGAACCCGCCACCGGCAACUCAGUAGCAAGCGACACACGACAAGCAAUCCAAAACCGCCGACGCGAAGAAUACCUCGACAGAUUGCGCAGCCAAAUCCGCAGCAAAGCAGACUCCCUCAACACGCGCUUCACAACCCUAGACGACCACCUCGAAGCUGUAGACGGGAUAGUAACGCGCGAAGAACGAAGAAACCCCACCAGACUCAACCAGCACAGCAACAUCGACACCGGAGACCGUCUCCAUUCCGUGCUGGACUCGCUCGAUCUCGGCACGAUCGGGUCUUAUUUCUUCCGGGCGCGAUCGUCAGGAGCUGCAUCGUCGUCGUCAGCUCAGGCUCAGGCUCAGGUCCCUGCAGAUCAAUCCACCUCCAUGCCCACGCCACGCCCCACUGCGACCCUGGCGCUGCUUCGUGUUGCGGCGACGCACCAUCGUCCUGUUGCUGAUUCGGUGUUGAGGUUGGCACGUCAAUUGAGGGAUGUGCGGCGUGCUGGAUUCGGGUCCACCUGGUAG